UUUUAAAAUUUAUGUUGGUACUAAAAUAAAAUGACACAUCGAUUUUUGUCAUUUUUGUUUUGUGAGUGACGCUUUCGAGGUUUAUUGAGGUUAUAAUGAGUCUUAGAACGUUUGGCGAUAAACCGAUAAGUUUCCAAUUGGAAGAAAAUGGGGAAUAUUAUUGCGUUGGAUCCGAGGUUGGAAAUUAUCUCCGUUUAUUCCGGGGGUCCCUUUAUAAGCGUUACCCGGGAAUGUACCGGCGUUCCAUAACCAACGAGGAACGCAAACGCCUCAUCGAUCUUGGAUUGAGCCAACACGUCUUGGCUAGUAGCGUAUCUCUUCUCCGAGCGAAUGAGGUUGAGGAUAUAAUUGAGGGGAACGAUGAAAAAUACAAAGCGGUUUCGGUUCACACUUCCGAUCCACCUUUACCACGCGAAAGCAAAUCGAAAAAAUCGAUGCAAUGGGUCCCUUCGUUACCAAAUUCAAGCCAUUUAGACGCCGUGCCCCAAGCAACCCCGAUUAAUCGAAAUCGAGUUAAUUCCAAGAAAGUACGCACUUUUCCUUUGUGUUUCGACGACACCGAUCCCCAGGUUAAUAUUGAAAAUGCCUCGCAAAUGGAGGUUUUAGUUCCGAUUCGGUUGGAUAUGGAGAUUGAGGGGCAAAAAUUGCGCGAUACUUUUACGUGGAAUAAAAAUGAGAGUAUGAUUUCGCCGGAGCAAUUCGCUGAAGUGCUUUGCGACGAUUUAGAUUUGAAUCCGUUGACUUUUGUACCGGCGAUUUCACAAGCUAUCCGACAACAAAUUGAUGCAUUUCCGGUUGAGCCCCCGGCGAUUAUUGAGGAAUCUUGCGACCAAAGGGUUAUUAUUAAGUUGAAUAUUCACGUUGGGAAUACAUCUUUAGUGGAUCAGGUUGAGUGGGAUAUGUCGGAAAAAGAUAAUAACCCAGAAAUGUUUGCCGUAAAGCUUUGUGCGGAGCUUGGAUUAGGUGGUGAAUUUGUUACCGCGAUUGCUUAUUCGAUUCGUGGGCAAUUAUCGUGGCAUCAAAGAACGUAUGCGUUUAGCGAGGCUCCUCUACCAACCGUUGAGGUUCCGUUUCGACCCCCGAGCGAAGCCGAUCAGUGGGCCCCCUUUUUAGAGACUCUAACCGACGCGGAGAUGGAGAAAAAGAUUCGCGAUCAAGAUCGCAACACCCGGCGAAUUCGAAGAUUGGCUAAUACGACCCCCGGAUGGUAAAAUUUCCGGGUGAACGCAAGACCCGUUUGAGUCGAUUUCGCUUAAUUUAAUUAAUCAUGGAUAUUGGAUCGUUUAAUAAAACUAAUUAAUUCGUUCUUAUUUUUUGUUUUACGACGUAAUAAAAGUCUUAAGUUCGUGAGUAUCAAAUGAAA